AUGUCAGAUUUGAAUUUUGAUAUUUUCAACACAAAUUCAAAAUCAACCCGACACGAAAUGACUCAAUCCGACACGUUUGAUACUCUUAGCUGUGACAGACUAUUGGUGCUUACAUCAAGCCGAGGUAUUGUUUAUGUUGCAAGCUCCAAUAAAAUGGUUAGCUCUAAAAAAAAUGCUUUUAUUGUUCAAGUUUGGGAAGGUCAUUUUCUCUAUUCCAUCUAUAUAGAUUUUUUUGUGUGUGUGUGUAGGGAAGGGGUCAUUGCUGCAUUGAGUUAUUUGUUAUUUCUAUAUUUUUUAUUUUUUGGAUUUCCAAGUUUUAGAUGA